GUGUUUGGUGUUUUCUGUAACUUGAUCCUGGUGCCAGACAGCUGCCACACUGGACUCGGACAGAGCCGAACUGUCGUCCCUGUGAUGCCCGCGGCGGGCCGACCUGCUCGGGGUGGCGAUGCCGUACGUGGACCGACAGAAUCGCAACUGUGGCUUCCUGGACAUCGAGGAGAAUGAGAGCAGCGGGCGCUUCCUGCGCAGAUACUUCAUCCUGGACAGCCAGCAGGGCAGCCUCCUGUGGUACAUGGACAACCCACAGAAUCUGCCCAAAGGAACAGAGAAUGUGGGCUCGCUCAAACUCACCUACAUCUCCAAGGUCAGCGAUGCCACCAAGCUGAGACCGAAAGCAGAGUUUUGCUUCGUCAUAAAUGCAGGGAUGCGGAAGUUUUACCUGCAGGCCAACGACCAGCAGGAUCUGGUGGAGUGGAUCAGUGUUCUCAACAACGCCACCAAGAUUACUGUGCCAAAGUCAGCAGACAGUCCGAGCAGCUCUGAAGCUCCUCAGGAGGCUCAGGGAGCCGCCAAGCAGAUCUCCUACAAGACUGAGAUCAUAGGAGGAGUCCCCAUAAUCACCGCCACGCAGGAGCAGGGGGAGGGGCAGAACGGGGCGGAGCGGGGAGGACUCAGGCGGCCUCAGAGCCAGCUGCCCUACUUCCUGUCCAGAGGAGCUCAGGACCAGACCAUCAUCAAGGCCGGGCACUGCGUCAAGCAGGGCGCCGUGAUGAAGAACUGGAAGAGGAGGUACUUCAUGCUGGACGAGAACGCUGUCAGCUACUACAAGUCUGAGCUGGAGCGGGAGCCGCUGCGAGUCAUCCCACUGAAGGAGGUUCACAAAGUGCAGGAGUGCAAACAGAGUGACGUGAUGAUGAGAGACAACCUGUUUGAGAUGGUUACCAGCUCCAGAACCUUCUACAUACAGGCUGACAGUCCAGAGGACAUGCACAGCUGGAUCAAGGCAAUCUCAGGGGCCAUUGUGGCUCAGCGGGGCCCCGGGCGCUCAGCAGCCACGGAGCGCGGCGACCACUCCUCCUCUUCCUCCCCAUCAUCCCACUCCACCUUCUACUACCCCCUUGACCAGGAACUACACUACCCACAAUCCUCCAGCGCCACCUCAGCGGGCGCUCAGCCUCACCCUGGACACGCACCACCGGGACGACUUCCUGGGUCUGCUGCCCUGGAGGCUGAGCGCCGUCCCGUCGGUGAUGAUGCCCCUCCCUCCGGCGCGCUCCCGCCUGUCGCUGCAGGAGACCGUGCGCUCGUCAAAGUGACGGGUGGCCGCCAGGAUGAGUCGCCAUGGAAACGGCGCAGCGAGACCGCAUGGCUGGGGCUGAGCAGCGGCGACGGCGGCGUGGAGCUGAGCGAUGCGACAACUGAGGAAUCUGACCUGCAGAUCACACAGGUGUGAGGAGGACGACGACAAUGAUGAUGAUGAUGAUGAUGAUGUUGAGACAUACACACACACACACACACAUACACACACACACACACGCCUCCUGCUGUCCAAAUGAUCCUUCUGCAAGACUUUCCGGGACCAUUUUAGUGUUUGUGUGUGUGUGUGUGUGUGUGUGUGUGAGACAGGACUUUCUCCUUCCUCCUGACUUUGCUGUUGAAAGUUCAAGGAGAAAUCUAGAAAUCUGCUGUUUCUCUCUUGUUAGUUUUUGUCUUUCUCCUCUCCGUGCUUUGCGGAGUCUGUUUCAUUUCCUGGCGUUAGUAAAACUUUGGCUGCUGUUGGGCAGAAAACACACCACUGAGCCAAAAAACAAACAACAACAACCAAAAUGUCCACCCAAACGUGUCCUCCCAACUUCUGUGUUCACUCAGUUUAUUUCUCCAAACUGAAAACAGCUCUGUGUUCCCGCAGCAUAAAUAAUAAUUUCUGUGCCUCUGUUUAAAAAGCAGAAUAAUCUUCCUGUGUUUCAUGGUUUUUGGGAAGAGAAUAUGAAAAAAAAAUGAACUUGUGGCAACAUGGGAUCUCAGGAACACAGAUGUAUGACGGCAUAUCAGGGCCAUUGUAGAUUGUUGAUUAAACUGGUAAAUUUACAAGAAAAAACUCACAAACUUGGAAAUUCAGAUUGUAAAGUCAUAAAUUUGCCCGAAAACCCUCAGAAAUUCACAGAGAUUAAAGUCACAAAAAAAAUCACAAACUUUCAGAGAAUAAUACUCAGAAUUUUAUUUCAUUUUAUUUUGUUUUAUUGGUCAAAGAACAUAGAACCAAGAACCGGAUUCAGCAAAAUGAAGCCUUGUAGUUCCUCGAUCAAUAAAAAAAAAUAGUAAAAGAAAAAAAAAAAAAGUUUUUUCUCAUAAAUUUGUGACUUUAUAAUCAAAGAAUUUUGGAGUUGGAGAAUACAGAGAUUUUUUAUCAGAAUAUGACACCCCACCCCAGACAGCUCUGUAAUUUUUUUUUUUUUUUUUUUUUUUUACCCUUAACCACGGCCCUGACACGCUGUCAUACUGAUCGACCCUGUGGACAAAAAACUUUUAUGAAAUCAGGUGUUUUAGCACUUUUGAAGGUCACUCAAAACUUUCCAUAAUAAAAUAAAAUUUAAAACAAAAACAAACAAAAAAUAGAAUGGCAGUUAUGUGUUGUUGUUUUUUCUGAAAGCGGCAGCCAAAACGUCACAAACUGUAACAAAAAAAUAAAUAAAUAAAAAAACCAAACAGUAACACUGGAAGCGUGGGACGGCGGGUGUCUGACGGGGCUAAUCCGGCCUCGCCGUCUAAUCUCUCCUGACAAUCCCGCUCCGCGCUCUGCAGCCUGGAGGUCGACGACGUCCACAUCCACGAGGGCUGCUGCGUUUCGAGAGCGACAUGCGUUAUCGCUAUCAUUAUUACUUUCUUGUUUAUUGUUGUUUUGACACUCCUUUUUUUUUUUUUUUUUUUUUUACUUAAGAGCCCACUGAUGCUUCACUCGCAGCUCGUUCCUCCAGAAUCAAAUUUCCUUCCUGAAUGCAACAAUAAAAAAAAAAAAGAAAGGAAAAACUUCAGGGAUGCCUGCUUAUCUGCCGUUAGCAAACAACCAAACACGACGAAGAGAUCCAGAUCCUGCUCUGAUUGUAGCUGUGAUUAGUCGACUCAGGCCUACGGGUAAAAAAAAAAAAAACCAAAUAAAUAAAUAAAACCUUUUCAAACUGAAAUGCUCCCUCCUCCUCCUCCGC